AUGGGCGGCGUUUCUGGUCAACAAACAAACAGUACGGUUUCACCUGAUUGUUAUACAAAAGCUCGUGAAGAUUUUGGAAAAAAAUAUGAGGCACCUCAACAAUAUCAACUUGUUUAUCGUGAUUUUCAAAUAAUACGACCAUUAGGUCGUGGAGCAUUCGGUUCCGUUAAAGAAGCAAAAUGUAUACUAGAUCCGUUACCUGACUAUCUCAUUACACCAUCAUCAUUAACUGAUACGAGUAUUAAAUCAACCUCGUAUCGUAUUGCAUUAAAAAUUAUUAAUAAAAAAAGUGCUCAUAAAAUGAAACAAGAAGAACAUGUCGUGAAUGAAAAACGCAUAUUACAAGCAUUGAACUUUCCGUUUAUAAUUAAAUAUUAUUUUUCAUUUAAAGACAAUGCUAACUUAUAUAUUGGGUUAGAAUUAAUUGAAGGUGGAGAAUUAUUUCGACAUUUGAGAGAUGCUGAACGAUUCGAUGAAAAAAAAGCAAAAUUUUAUGCAGCACAAAUAACACUUGCACUAGAAUAUUUACAUUAUUUAGGCAUUGUUUAUCGAGAUCUAAAACCGGAAAAUCUCUUAAUUGAUCGGCAUGGUUAUUUGAAAAUGUGUGAUUUCGGUUUUGCAAAGAAAAUCGAUCGGGGCAAAGCUUAUACUUUAUGUGGUACACCAGAAUUUCUGGCACCAGAAAUCAUUCUUGGACGUGGUUAUAAUAUUGGUGUUGAUUAUUGGGCAUUGGGUGUAUUAAUCUUCGAAAUGAAUGCUGGCUAUUCACCAUUUUGGGAUGCUGAUCAACAAAAAAUUUAUCAUAAAAUCAUAAGUGCACGUUUUCGGCCACGUUCAGCAUUUAGUUCAGAGUUGACUGAUAUUGUACGUGGUCUAUUACAAAAAGAUUUAACAAAACGUUUAGGAUUAAUGUACAAUGGUGUGAAUGAUAUUAAAAAACAUUUAUGGUUUCGUGAUAUUGAUUUUAUACAAAUAUUUCUGAAAAAAGUACGUCCAUCAUGGCAGCCAGAUAUUAAGAUUAAUAAUUUUCCCGAUGCUGAAGAUGAAGAGCCAACAAGAUCAUCGACAAAUUUAUUUGAAAAAGAAUUUGCCGAAUUUUGA